GAAGGGAAAGAAGAAUCAGAGAGGGGGAAAGAGGGAAAAAAAUGAGAUUUCUCUGGCGACGAGCAUUCUCCACCCGUUCUACCCUCCGACGAGCAUUUUCCGGCCUGCGACACUGCAGUAGGUAGGUUUUCUUAAUUUUCUCUUUUUAUUUUUAUUUUUAUUUUUUAUUUUUUUUUAAUUUCGUUCUUUUGUUCCGUAACACUAACAAUGGGUCGCAAAUCUACCCCUAAGCAGGACCACCGUCGUCGACUUCCCCUCCUGCCCGUCCCUCCUUGUUUUCUGACGUCGGUAUUCAGCUCCACCGUCGCCGGAUUCCUCUUGUGCCCGUCACUCCUCCUUUUUCUGUUUUUUUUUCCGUCGCCACCACCAGGACCACCUUCGUCGCCGCCUCUGCUUUUCCGGUCAACUCCUCUAGUUGUCAUGGCUGGUGGUGGUCGUCGGAAGCUGGGACAUGCCACCCCGAGAGAAUUGUUUCCGUCGAUAAGCCAUGCAAAUACAGAAACUUCUCCGGAAGCUACCCCAUCCCCUCAGCCACUUGUAGAUGGUUCUGGGACAUCUACUCAGUUUCCUCAGACGCAAGACAGUAACUCUCCCAUGGGUGAGGUACCUACCCCCGUUGCGAGAAGGACUUUGCACCCUACAGGGUUAUGGUUCGAUGAUAACACCGUGAGCACCUCCAUUACAAAUAUCUUUCAAGCACAUUGGCGCGAACCAUGGCUUAACUAUGAAAUGGUUGACGAGGUUACUAAGACCCAUUGGUGGAACUCAUUUACGAAACUAUACCUUUGGAAUGAUGAUCUUGAUGCCCUUGUGAAGAAGGAGUAUGAAAAGAAAGCACAUAAGAGGUUGAAAGAGAUUACAUACAAUGUUUCGAUCAGAAACAAGUCAGUUCCCAGAUGGAUGGGAUAGUGUAUGUUUGAGCAAAUUAUGGAGAAAAGAAAGGAGCCGGGUUUUCUGGAGAGGUCAGAAAAAGCAAAGAAGAACAGGAGGGGCGGCUCCUUGUCUAAUCCAAUUGAGCCAUCAUAAUUCCAAGGUUCUAUCUCUGCAUCAAAGCAUGCAAAGAAAAUGGCUUAGAAAGCCGGUGGAGUGCUUCCAACUGCCCCUGAGGUCUUCCUAAAGACACAUUUCAAGGAAGUUCCUGGAAAAGGAAAAGUUGCGGCUAAUAAGAGGGCACAACAAAUCUCGGAUGCCUACCAAAAGAAGCUUGACGAGUCUUCUACUCAAGAAGGGUCACAACCGGACCCUAACAAGCUAUACUGGGAGGUCGUUGGUGGUAGGAAAAAGGGUGUAGUGAAGGGCCUAGGUGCAAGUGCUUGUUUGUUUUACAACCCCUCUUCCAAGAAAGGCUCGCAAUCGUACAAUCCUUCUAUAGCUUCACAGUUGGAGGAACGUGUGCAAGCCGAGGUUGCCGAGCGAAUAGAGGAGGCAAAAGUGCAAAUGCAGGCUCAGAUGGAGGCACAGUUUGCUGUGUAAUUGCAGGAGGCAUUGAAGAAGGAGCGGGAGGAGGCGGCAAGUGAGAGUAAGCGAAUGAUGGAGACAAUGUUGCAGAAAUUGUUCUCUAACUGUUCAAGUGGUCCUCCAUUUCAACUUCGUAGGGAAGAUGACCUAGACAUGAGUGGUGGUGGAGUUGGUCACCAGACUCCGUUGUCGUAGUUUUUGUUCAUAAAUCUCUUAGAUUAGUAUUUUUGAUAUAGGCCUUAGUAUUUUUUGGGGGGAAUAUAGGCCUUAGGUUUUUUUUUGGGAAUAUAGGCCUUAGCUUUUUUUAGGGGGAUAUAGGCCAUUUCGUUAUUUUUUUUGGGGAAUAUAGGCCUUAACUUGGUAUUAUAUUGUCACAUGUUGGCCUUAUCUAUUUUUUGAAUGAACAUAGGCCAUUACUUAUUCAUAUAGGUCUAACUUAGUUUUUAAGUUAAGCUUAUAAAACUAUUACUAACUAAUUACUAUUAUUAUUAACUUGAACAUUGUUAUUGUAUGUAUUGUUGGAAGUUGGGAUUUUUAAUUAUUAAUAUUAUCAUUUAUAUGAAUUAUGCAUUUUAUUUUUAAU